GGUUGCCCAACAAAAAUCCAUCUCAAAGUUUAUCAUCCAACCUCUUUCCCCUUCCCACAGUAUUUCUACAUCUUUUUUUUGUCGGACUAUUUCUCCGACUAAAAUAAACCUUUCCUUAGUUUCAUCGUCGAUCUCAAAUCUCUCGUUUUCAAAUUAGGGCAUUGCAGGAUGGAGUCAUCAAAAGAGACAGGUUUCCAAGCCUCAGAAGGUCCAACCUUUUGCAUCAACAAUUGCGGAUUCUUUGGCAGUGCAGCCACCAUGAACAUGUGCUCCAAGUGUCACAAAGACAUGGUCUUGAAGAAGGAACAUGCCAAGCUUGCUGCUUCGUCCAUUGAGAACUUUGUUAAUGGAAGCACAAGCAACAGCACCAAAGAACCCGUGGUUGCCGGCGUGAUUGAUGUGAAAUCUGGACCUGUGGAUUUGAAGGUCAUCUCCCCUCAAGCCUCUACUGGUUCAUCAUCAUCAACAGGUGAUCUGGGUGCUGAGGUGAAGGUGAAAGAAGGGCCAAGCAGGUGCAAUACUUGUCGCAAACGUGUGGGUCUGACCGGGUUCACUUGCAAGUGUGGAAACCUCUUCUGUGCGACUCAUCGCUACUCUGACAAACACGAAUGCCCAUACGACUACCAGAAUGCUGGCCGGGAUGCCAUUGCCAAGGCAAAUCCGGUUGUUGUUGCCAAAAAGCUCGACAAGAUAUAGGCAGCUUGGGGAGUGAUUGGGGUCUUACAAAAUGCUUCACGCCGUUAGAUAUGUAAGCCAUUUAUCUGUUUCCCUUUUGGAUCCAAUGAAAUGGUACACAGCCUUUGAAAGAAAGACUGGGCAUCGAUCUUUGCAAGUUUGAAAAUGAACUCCUGAAGUUGUUCUUGUUAAUUCCUAUAAACUUAUCUCUUGUGUGCAUGUCAUUAUUUAUGCUGUGGCUUUGGUGGGCAAACUCUUUGGGGUUUGUAACUUGUAAUGAAUAAGUGAAUAUCUAUCUUUUACUUUUAUGUUCUCCGUUUUUGCAUCGUUUAUUCUUUUCUUCUUUUCUUCUUUUCUGGGUUUGCUUGUUCACUGUUAUUGUUUGACAGAGCAAACAAAUAUUGUAUGAACAG